AUGAAGUCGUUUCCCGCUGGGUAUACUUUGUGGUUGCGUCAUGGUGAGAAACCAGCUGAGGAGAGCUCUAGUUGCACACCGAUAGUUGAGAACCCUACCCCCGACGUGAAUCCAUAUCUUCAAAUGGUACACGAGGCAUUUAACUUCACAAUGCCUACUGGAAGUGAGGAGACCACAACAGCGGAUCCUAUAGAAGACGAUGAUAUAGAGUUGCCAUACGAUGGUCCAAGUCGCGAUGCACAGGAUUUUGCCGAUCUUCUUGCGGAUGGAACGGAGGAGUUAUAUCCCGGCUGCUCGAAGUACUCAAAAUUAUCUUUCCUAGUGAAACUUUAUCACAUUAAGUGUAUGUGUGGUGUGAGUGACAAGGCUAUGUCGAUAAUUCUGGACUUAUUGCGGGAUGUAUUUGAGCAAGCCAAAUUCCCGUCCACUUUGUAUGAAGCCAAGAAAACUAUCCGAAAGUUAGGGAUUGAGUACAAAAAGGUUGAUGCAUGCCCGAAUGAUUGCAUGUUGUACCGAGGUGAGUAUGAGAACGCGACAAAAUGCAAGCAGUGUGGGACUUCACGAUGGAAGCAGAAGACGCGAAAGGGUUCCGUUACGAAACUAAAAAUACCUGUCAAAAAAAAUGGAAAGCCUCUCCCAGCAAAGUCUCUCCGUUACUUUCCUCUUAUACCACGACUGCAACGGUUAUUCAUGUGUAGCAAAACUUCAUCUGACAUGUUAUGGAAUAAAGAGGCAGACAAUAACGAUGGGUACUUGAGGCAUCCAAGGGACGCUGAAGCAUGGAAAGACUUUGAUGCAAAGUAUCCUGUCUUUUCCAACGAUGCUCGCAGUGUUCGCUUAGCCUUAGCAAGUGACGGUUUUAAUCCUUUCAGAAAUAUGAGUACGACGUAUUCCAUUUGGCCGGUGAUUCUUAUUCCGUACAAUCUUCUUCCUUGGCUAUGCAUGAAACAGUCAUCUUUUAUACUAUCUAUGAUUAUUCCCGGUCCUAAAAUGCCGGGUAACGACAUUGAUGUUUAUUUGGAGCCCCUGGUGAAUGAGUUAAAGCAACUCUGGGAUGGCGUUGAAACUUAUGACGCUAAUAAGGGGACCACUUUCAAGAUGCGGGCGGCGUUAAUGUGGACUAUUAGCGAUUUUUCAGGGUUGGGAAAUUUGUCUGGGUGGAACACGUACAGUGGGUUAGCUUGUCCUACGUGUAACGUGGACGCUAAGGCUCAUCGACUAACAUUCAGUCGAAAAUGGUGUUACACGAGCCAUCGCCGCUUCUUGAAUCAGGGCCAUAAAUAUAGAGUAGACCGGACUAGAUUUGACGGAGAAGUUGAAAGCAGAGAUCCACCGAAAAAGUAUUCUGGAAUAGAUGUCUUAAGGCAGCAGUCUAACUUGCAAGUAUCGUUUGGGAAGAACCCAACUCUGACAAUAAAAAGAUGA